AUGCAGCUUGCAUGGGGCUUUCAGAGCAGUAGAGCGCAAAUUACCCUGCUCAUCCUUGCCUUAUUUUCCCUAGCUUCCUUCACCGCGGCUUCUACACCGACCUCAUUUUGCAAGUGUACCUGUUUCUCUAAUAGCACGAUCAUCCCUCUCGACCCUGCCAAGUCCGGGACAUCCUCAUCCACCUUUGACAAUGUCCUGCACCUCCACAAACGCGCCUUAGACGCCUUCAAAGCCGGAGCUGAGAUCGUUGACGACCACACUUUGACCAAGCGCGCAGCACAAUACAAAGCUCUUAGCUGCAACGACUGCAAUCGCAAGUUCUGUCUGGACUACGAGCUCCCGACAUGCAAAGGGGCGAAGGAGGAUGACGUCUUCACCACUUGCUUCCAGCGCGACUCACGAAAGGACGAAGCAGUAGUUUUUAUUUUCAUUUUUGCUACAGGUGGCCUGCUAGUUUGGGCUAUUUUGAAGCCGUGGAUCGAGCGGUAUCUCGAGGCUGCGCGAGAGCGCCGAUCGUAUAUGCCCGUGAAUGAUCCUGAAAACUAA